CUGUGGCGGUACAAUGUACAUAUGUACAAAAAAGUGUUGAUAGAACAGAGAUCUUUCUUCACGAUACGAUCUAAGCAUGUAGUGUCUCCAUCUAGCAUGAUCUAGUAAAUGCCAAACAAAUGUGUAUAAUAUAAUAUUUAUGCUUUUUAACUCGAUGACGUAAAUGUCAUAAAUUGUAGGGACAAUAUGUCAUUUCUAUUGUUCAGUUGUUUUACAAAUUUCAGAAUCGUAAUCCAUUGAAGAUUCUACAACAAGCCACAGCUACAUGAAUUAGCUUUCGAUGAUCUAUACUGCGUAUUAUACGAAAUCAUAGAUUGUGAAAGCUGCAAAUGAAACGAUUAACUUAUUUGACGUCGACAGGUAUGUUUUAGGUGUUCUCCGAGAAAGCAAAAAGAAUCGGUAUACAAUUUAGGUUAUUGAAUUGCAUAACAAUGAAUAACAUUCUAUGAGAAUAAUAAGCAUUGUUUCUUUCGGAAAUAUGUAUUUUUCGUUUUGUCAAUUCAUAAUAACGUGCAUAAAGUUGGACUGCUUGUGACAUUACUUGUGACAUAGAUCUAUGUUUGUUUAUGAUAAUGUGGAUAGACUAGGAUGAUCUGAGAUUGAGCUCGAUCGAGUUUGAAAUUUUCGUUUACUGUUGACAUCGUUUAGUAUAUAAUAUAAAGGAUAAUGGACGUGGAAGAAAUAACGAAACUUAGCAAAUUGUUACGCGAAAAUGGAGACAAAGUGUUAUGUGCGUCCAGCAAGCUCUCCUUGUCAAGCUCAUUAAUCUUUGACUUGAACGAAGGUUUUAGUUUGAUUAUGAAUCAAGUGGAAGACUUGGAAUCUUCUUUCCAAGUAUGCAACAGUUCUAAAAUCGUUCUAUUCAGGGACCUGAAAUUUCUACAUGAUUUUGUGCAGAAAAUAGUUGGUCUAAAAGUGUUUGAAUGUCCAAAUAGUCCUAGGAUUCCUGUCGAUAUAUCAAAAUUCAGGCAUUUGAAGCAUUUGGAGCUGAAAAAGAUUGAUAUUAGGAGCGUGAAAGGACUGCAGGGAAUCAGGGGACAACUACAAAGUAUUAUCUGUACUGGAAAACAAGGUGUUUGUGCUAUAAAGCAAUUAUUAGCUAGAUGUGGCGGUGAUGCCAGUUUUGGAUUUGUCUGGAGUUCAUUAAAACAUUUAGCAUUACCUUACAAUGCACUAAACAAAUUGGAUGCAUCUAUGGAAUUCGCACUUUGGUUGCAGACACUAGACUUGAGUCAUAACAUGAUAACGUCUGCGGAUGAAUUGGCUUGUUUACCUAACUUGAAAUAUGUUAAUCUAGGGUACAACAAACUAGAGGCGGUACCUGUUUUCAAUAAAGCUGUAUCUCAUACAUUACGAAUAUUAGUAUUAAAAAACAAUUACAUAGAAAAUUUAGAUGGUUUGCAAAAUUUAGGAAAUUUAACAGAAUUAGAUCUAUCCUUUAACUGUUUGAUGGAUCAUUCGAGGUUGUGGGUCUUGGAAAAUAUGUCCACAUUGUUAUCGGUUUCAUUAAAGGGUAACCCUUUAUCGUAUCAUCCAAAGCAUCGAUUAUUAUGUAUGAAAUAUUUACAUUCGUGUUUAAGUGAUAGUCAGUUCGUUUUAGACCAUUCAUCGCUCUCCAAAAAGGAAAAGCAAAUCAUUACCAACAACCGACAGCGUACAACGAAAUUUGUACAAUCUACGUCAACUGAAUUCUUAGCUUCGACGUCAAAUUCAGUGAAUUCAACUGUCUUAUCUGUUUCUAUAAACUCGUCUACGUUAAGUGAAAACGGAGUAGGAAAGUCUACAGAAAAUAGUGUAGAAAAAUCCCUCAUCAAAAGAAAGAUCGUGAAAGAAGCUGUUAUCGCAGAAGGCGAACAAGAAAAGAAUGACUCUGGAGAACCUAACGCUUGUAGUUCUUAUCUAGAGACUUCAAAGCUCCAUUUGGAGACGAAAAAGGAAAUUUUAGCCUUAAGGAAUAAGUUUGGCGAACAGAACUGGUUAAGCAGUUAUGCUGGUACGUUCGUUCAAGAUACGGAUUUGCAAGCAUCUCCAUUUUUUUCGCUGACUUCGGAUUCUACAGACGAUAUUCUAGAAGAAACACUAAAUACUGAGACGUCUGGAAUGCCAUCAGACGAUGAUUCAAUUAAUAACUUGCAAGCAGAUGUAAGAGAAAAAUCUGUACAUUCGGUGACGGAAAAUAGCGAAAGCGAUAACGUUCAAGAAGCCCGUAAUGAGAAAUCAAACGAGUUUGAGGAAACUGUUUCCGCAACGGCGUUGAAUGAAGCAACAAAAGCUUUUGUAGAUCCUAAACCUAUUUUUGAUCCAGAAAAGGAAACAGGAGACAUAUACACAGUUCAAAAGAACAAAAACGAUCAUGAAUUAGAGAGUUUAUUCUUGAUAAUAUCAGUAGAUGACAUUAAAGAAAGAGAUUCACUUACGGGAAAACUAAUAAACAGUUGGUCUACAAAGUCAGUGUUAUCGUGUGUAUUGGGUAGAAGUGAACCGAUCACAGUCGAUAUAAUAUUUGAUACGACUAGGGAACAUCGUCAAAAUAGAAGAUAUUUUGUGGAACCAGGGGAUGCAGAGAAAAUAGUGACUACACUUGCUGAAACAUUAAAGAAGCGGCCGAUAUUAUUGAAAGUUUUUAAAUGCAUGAAAUGUUCUACACAUUUUUCUCAAGAUACUGAAUACGUUACUACAUUAAGCAUAGGUGUAAAACAAUUAAAAUGUCCUACUUGCGAAAGUACUUUGGUCAUAGAAACGGACGAAUUGUCAACAGUGGAUGUGGAAAACGAUUUUUCCGAAGAUUCAUCAGAGUGUUUGUCUAAAGAUCAAAAUUCAGAACACACUAUAAAAGCUAGAUUACAACAUUCUGAUUCUUAUUCUAGCAUUGGUGGAACGGAGGGUGGAGCUAUAUCCGUCACCACACCUCUGAUGCACUCCGAAUCUCACACUCAAGUACAAGUCAGCUGUUCUGCUACAAGCUUGGAAGAAUCCAGAGAAUCUACGCCAUCUGCAAAUGCGCUAAAUAAAAAGUAUGAAAGUGAUAUUGAAAUACUCAGCAAUCCGAGUGAGGGUAGUAUUGAAGUUUUGGACGAAGCAUCCAGAACUCACCUGACACCGCACAGGAAGCGUUCUUCAGAAGAAAGACGCACUGCUGUUGCUCCAUCUCUCUUAACCAUACCGGAUGCAAUACCAAUUAAGACUGGUUUAACUGAGAGUAGUUCUUCAGGUUCACUGACAGACAGUGUUUGUACUGCGUAUGAAAAUAAAAUAACUAGACAAGCUAACACAGAUGAGAAAUCCCUUAACACUAGUAACAAUAAAGAGACCAAAUUUGCAUCCGUAACUAAUUUGACGACUCUGCUAGGUGGUCUACUUCAAAGCAUAAAAAUUGAUAGUAACAAAUCAUUGAUGACGAAAGCAGAGGAAUCGUCGCAUUUCUUGAGCAAUAAUAUUCAGUAUUCUUAUACAGAUUUCAGCAGUAUAGAUCACAGAAUAAAACUACACAUUAUAUUGAAUAUAUUUAAGCACCAAAAUGAAGAACUUAUUCUUCUGCUUAGGGCGGACAUUCUGAUGCAGAAUGCAAAGGAUCCAUUUCCUGGAUGCCUUGUUUUAUCUACAUCGAAAGUUUAUGUUCUUCAAAUCGAUGGAUCGGAAGGAGAAGAUCCACAACGUUGGUUGCACAAGGAAGUCAGUUGGACGAUGGAUAGGCUAAGGUCCUUUGCACCGUUGCCCUUCAAACAGGGUGUCUUAAUUGAAUUGGAACAGCCUAAUAAAUUAAAUGAACAGCUACAGCCAACUAUUCAAUUUUUAUGCAUUCUGCAAGAUUUUCAGAGAACGUCUAAUUUUCUGUUUUAUAUCUCUGACAUGUCUUUACCACCAAGUUGUGAGAUUGAAUUCGCUGUGCCAGAACAUUGCACCGCAUCGAUGCAUCAACUAUUAAAAAAUUGCAAGAAUUAUCAGGAUGGAGAUGCUGUUAGACUGUUAGCAUUGUUCCGUUCUGGCUCGAUAAAGUGCCAACAUGACGAACUGCAAGAAAAACUGUCCUCUUUCAUCGUAACCGCAAACGUUUUAGUGAUAUGCAAUAUGCACUGGCUUUUGCCAGACAAUAAAGAAGUGCCACGCUUAAUUAGGGAACAGCCUCUAAGCAAUUUAGUCGGAGUAGAACAUAACGAUUUAUCGUUAACGUUGAACUUCUUGGACGAGAUAGCAGGUCAGGAGGAAUUAUGGGUUUUAGAUUUUGUGUCUGUAAAUGCUGCCGAAACUGUUAUUAAUUCUAUAAGACCGCCGUGGGAAGAAUUGUUCUCGAUUCCUUUACAAAUUACUACUUGUAAAACAUCUGACACGACGGACACGUGAAAUGAUUUUUAACGCGUAUGAUUCUAGUCUAAUGAAACACAUCAAGCCAUUAUUAAUCAAAUGCAAUCAAUUGUCUUCUUACUUUUCUCGUUCGA